AAAAUCACAAGUUCACAAUCUCCCCAUUUCUUCAUCCUCCUCCUUCUUCUUCUUCUUCUCUCUCUCUCUCUCUAGGGUUUUAAAUCCCUCAAAACCCUCACUUUCGAAAUCCACGAGCUCCGAAUUUCACGGUUAUGGCCCCCCAUCAGGACCCCUAAACUCUCUCGCUUCACUAAUCCGAGCGAUUCCCAUUCCGUAUUAGCUCCCUCAGAAAUUGUAAAACAAUGAACACCGAUUUCCAAUCCGACGCGAAGCCGGACUCCGGCGACGACGUCACGGCAGCCAAAGGCAAAGCCGAGGACGACGCUAGGGUUUCGCCCACGGAGAGCGGCGGCGGGAGAUCUGAGGAGGAUAGGGCUAGGGUUAGCGAGGAGACUGUCGGCGGAAAUGUGACGGAACCGAAGGGGUUGGAUUUCGACGACGACGACGUGUUCGAUAUCGGGAGAGUCGAGCUUGAUGAUGAUCGGGAGGAUGAGGAGGAGGACGAUAAUAGCUCCGAGGCUCAGAAUGAGAGUGCGGAUUUGUUAUCGGAGUUCGACGAUUACGUGGCGAAUGAGAAGGACGAAACGGCCUUAGGAACGUCGAGAGCUCUGAGCUACGGCUUCGAAGUCGGCGACUUGGUGUGGGGGAAGGUCAAGUCUCAUCCGUGGUGGCCGGGGCACAUAUUCAACGAGGCUUUCGCGACGUCGCAGGUGCGCCGGACAAGGAGGGAAGGCCAUGUACUGGUGGCGUUCUUUGGCGACAGUAGCUACGGCUGGUUCGACCCCGCCGAGCUCAUCCCAUUCGAGCCACAUUUCGCAGAGAAAUCGCGGCAGACGAAUUACCGGAACUUUCCCAGGGCUGUGGAGGAGGCUGUGGAUGAGCUGAGCCGGCGGCGCGGCCUUGCGUUUGUGUGUAAAUGUAGGAAGGGGGAUAAUUUCCGGCCUACGGGCGUGCCGGGGUACUUUGUUGUUGAUGUGCCGGAUUAUGAGCAUGGGGCGGUUUACUCCACGGAGCAGAUUAAGAAGGCGAGGGAUGGUUUCAGUCCUGUUGAGCUUGUGUCGCUUGUAAAGAAGCUGGCUAGCUCGCCGGUGCGAGGCGAUCAGAAGAGCCUUAGCUUUAUUAAGAAUAGGGCCACUAUGUUUGCGUAUCGGAAGGCUGUGUUUGAAGAGCAUGAUGAGACCUAUGCGCAGGCGUUUGGGGCUCGGUCUGCACGUAAUGCGGCUGCUGUGUCUGAUCAGCCUGUUAAGCCUCGAGCACCUUUGAGUGGUCCUUUGGUGAUUGCUGAAGCUCUGGGUGGGCGGAAGAGUGCCACAAAACCCAUGAAAGUCAAGGACCAUUCAAAGAAAGACAAAUAUCUUUUCAAGCGAAGAGAUGAAGCCAGCAUUGUGAAACCCCACCAAGCUAGUUCCUCAGCCCCAUCUACUUACUUGGGGGGAUCAAUAGCAUUAGGAGAUGGAGAUUAUAUGUUAGAAAAGAGGGAGUCUUCCGGCAAAGAACCUGUAAACAUAAAUCAGGUACCAGCAAACAGCUCUGUUGCCGGCCAAGGUGUUAGAGCUGGUGCCAAGCUAUCUCUAAAACUUUCUCUUGACAAGGAAACCGGGACCCUGCUGGAAGUGAAAGAUGCAUUGACACAGAAUGUAGCUGUAGGUCCUACAAGCACAGGCCGCAGUGAUUUAUCGGGUGACGGGACCAAGCAAUGUAUAAAAGAUGAACCAUCACAAUCUUUGAAGCAGGAAGGUGAGGAUCCGAUGGAGGUUAAGUAUGAAGAGAGUGCCGACUUGUCUGGUUCACUUGACAAUUUACAGCCACCUUUGAGCCUUCCAAAGAAAGUGGAGGAAGGCAAUGAAUUAAAUGAAGUUCGUGUUGGUCAUGGUGUUGGAGAUUCUUCACCAAUUGUGGCAAAGAGUUCAGCUGGAAAGAAGGCAGUUGGUGGAGUGAAAAAGGCAAAGGUUCUUAAACGGCCACCGGGUGACAUGAACACUGACACCUCUGUCAUGGGAGACAAGAAGAAAAAGAAGCAAAAGAAACAGUUAGAUUCCGAAACAAGCUUCAGAGAUCCACAGAAGAUUGUGACUUCCAGAAAGAUGAAGAGGGCAGCAGGAAAUCCCAAAAGUGCAGGCUUGGCUUCAGAAGAUGAAAUUAAGGCAGAACAGCAGAAGAAAGACGUUGCUUUCAAAAAAGCCGUGUCUGAAUCUGCUGGAAUAUUGCCACUCCUUACAGAGCUUGAAGUACCGCAACUAGUAGGUGAUUUGCGAGACCUUGCCCUUGAUCCUUCUCAUGGUCAUGAAAUAAACAGCCCUGCAAUUGUUCUGCAGUUCUUUCUGCAAUUCCGGGCCCUUGUCUAUCAGAAAAGUUUGGUUCUAUCACCGCCUUCGGAGACAGAGCUUGUUGAGGGUCGCACCCCUAAAACUCUAUCUGGUGUCAAAGCCUCAGAAACUUCUCCUCCAGAACCAGUUAGAGAUGCUCCCUCCUCAAAGGCGGCAAAACCCAUGUAUAGAUCCGAGGCAGCGAAACCGUUGUUCAGAUCUGAUGAUCGCACUAUAGCUGGGCGGAAACGUGCUCCAUCUGAUCGUCAAGGAGAGAUUGCAGCUAAGAAGUCCAAGAAAAUGAGUGAUAUAAAAUUAUUGGCUGCAGAAAGGAAGAUUGGGGUAAAAAGUUCAGAGACCCAGCGUGGAGAGGUGAAAGAAACAGCGGUGCCCAUUCCGCAGAAGUCACUGAAGCCAGGUCUUGUGAGAAAAAUGGAUCCUCCGUCUAAGGUUGUUGAGCCCACCAUGCUCGUGAUGAAAUUCCCUCCCAAAGCCUCUCUUCCUUCACCUGCAGAACUAAAGGCAAAGUUUGCUCGUUUUGGUCCUAUGGAUCAGUCUGGUCUCCGUGUGUUUUACAAGUCCUUAACAUGUCGAGUUGUAUUUCGGUACAAAUCUGAUGCGCAAGCAGCAUAUAAGGUUGCUACUUCAAACAAUUCUUUCUUUGGCAACAUUAGUGUGAGGUUCCAUCUUCGGGAGGUGGACGGCCCUGACGUUCCUGCAUCUGGAAAGGGCUAUGGAGAUGAUUAUUCCAGUGAGACCGUGCAGGGUAAGGAUUCUGCAUAUAUGCCAACUACCGCACUCAAGCAGCGGCAGCAGCAGUCCCUCUCACAAAGUGCAGUGCAGCCGAAGUCAAUUCUGAAGAAGUCAUCGGGUGAAGAGCCUCGAGGGCAGGUAACUGGUGGCAAUGGUAAUAGUAAAGGAACUGCCCGUGUAAAAUUCAUGUUGGGUGGUGAAGAACCCAGUAGAAAUGAGCAAUUGAUGAUGCCUGGUAAUAGAAAUAACUUCAACAACAACAGUGCUAGUUUUGCAGAUGAUGGUGCACCUUCUUCUUCUUCUACUACUUCUGUUGCUAUGAUGAAUUAUAAUGCGAGAAACUUUCAAAAGGUUAAUCCUCCACCUUCUUCAUUGCCUCCUCUUCUUCCUUUACCCCAUACUCGGCCUCCAUCCUCUCAAUAUGCAAAACCCCCACCACAAAAUAAUUUUUCGCAGCAGCAUUUAGAACUGGCACUACCGCCGCCACCACCAGCAGCCAUCAGAAACAGCCACAACACCUCCGCCACCUUUCCGAGUGCACCCACAGUUGAUAUUUCCCAGCAGAUGCUAAGCCUGUUGACCAGGUGCAAUGAUGUUGUGAGCAACGUAAAGGGUUUCCUUGGAUAUGUGCCCUACCAUCCUCUUUGAUAGGUCCCUGAACAUAUAUGCCCAUAAAGGCAAGAUCAGAAAAUUACUAUCUCCCGCCAACAUCCAUUGAUAGAAAGCUUCAAGUUGGCUUGAAAUCUUUCCCAUCCCUGCUAUAUAUUGGCGGUGAAGCUGUUGAAGCGGUUGCGAAUCUAAGCACAUUGUAGUCCCAGCCGGACCAUGUAGUUUUUUGUUUGAAAUACUCACAUAUGUACUCAUGAUAUUGAUAGUGGAUCUUGUUUAUCUGCUCUU